AAAUGUCUGGAGUGUGGGAAAAGUUUCAGCCAGAAGAAACACCUCACCAAUCAUCAAGCAACUCACACAAGAGAGAAACCAUUUAAAUGUCUGGAGUGUGGGAAAGCUUUUACUCAGAAGAUAAAUCUCACUCAUCAUCAAGCAAUGCACACAGGUGAGAAACCAUUUAAAUGUCUGGAGUGUGGGAAAGGUUUUACUCUGAAGACAUACCUCACUCAUCAUCAAGCAACACAUACAGGAGACAAACCGUUUAAAUGCCUGGAAUGUGGGAAAGCGUUUCUUUGGAAGACUAAUCUGACCUGUCAUCAAAGAAUUCACACAGGAGAGAAACCAUUUAAGUGUCUGGAGUGUGGGAAAAGUUUCAGCCAGAAGAAACACCUCAGAUAUCAUCUAGCAACUCACACAGGAGAGAGGCCCUUUAAAUGCCUGGAAUGUGGAAAAGGUUUUAUUCGGAAGACAGAUCUCACUUAUCAUCUAGCAACUCACACAGGAGAGAAGCCAUUUAAAUGUCUGGAGUGUGGGAAAGGUUUUACUCAGAAUAUACACCUCACUCAUCAUCAAGCAAUGCACACAGGAGAAAAGGCAUUUAAAUGUCUGGAGUGUGGGAAAACUUUUACUCAGAAGAUAAACCUCACUCAUCAUCAAGUAAUGCACACAGGAGAAAAGGCAUUUAAAUGUCUGGAGUGUGGGAAAGGUUUUAUUCGGAAGACAGAUCUCACUUAUCAUCUAGCAACUCACACAGGAGAGAAGCCCUUUAAAUGUCUGGAGUGUGGGAAAGGAUUUAUUAAGAAGUCAGACCUCGCUCGACAUCAAGCAACUCACACAGGAGAGAAACCAUUUAAAUGCCUGAAGUGUGGAAAAGGUUUUAUUCGGAAGACAAAUCUCACUUAUCAUCUAGCAACUCACACAGGAGAGAGGCCCUUUAAAUGCCUGGAAUGUGGAAAAGGUUUUAUUCACAAGAUAGGCCUUGCUCAACAUCAAGCAAUUCACACAGGGGAGAAGCCAUUUAAAUGCCUGAAGUGUGGGAAAGCUUUUAUUGAGAAGGUAAACCUCACUCGUCAUCAAGCAAUUCACACAGGAGAUAAACCAUUUAAAUGCCUGGAGUGUGGGAAAGGUUUUCUUCGGAAGGACCAUUUAAUGCAUCAUCAAGGAACACACACAGGGGAGAAGCCAUUUAAAUGCCUGGAGUGUGGGAAAGCUUUUCUUCGGAAGGACCAUUUAAUGCAUCAUCAAGGAACACACACAGGAGAGAAACCAUUUAAAUGCCUGGAAGAAAGAUUUUAGUCAGAAGAGGUCUCUCCAGUAUCAUCAAGCAGUUCACACAGGAAAGAGACCAUUUAAAUGCCUGGAGUGUGGAAAAAGUUAUGUUCAAAAGAGCGAUUUCACCUAUCAUCAAGCAACUCAAACAGGAGAGAAACCAUUUAAAUGCCUGACGUGUGGAAAAGGUUUUAUUCGGAAGACAAAUCUCACUCGACAUCAAGCAACUCACACAGGGGAAAAAACAUUUAACUACCUGGAGUGUGGGAAACAAUUCACCCAGAAGAUGCACCUCACCUGUCAGGAAGCAACUCAUACAGAAGAGAUGCCUGGGAUGGAGAAAAAGGGGGGAAUAACAUCAGGCUUUCAGUAAUCUUCAGGCUAAAUUUUUUAGCUCUCUUUCAAA